AGCUUCUCUCCCUGCUCAUGGGUUGGGUUCUGGAAUUGCAUCAGACUGGGCCUGCAGGGAGGGAGCCAGCGGAGACAUCCCUUAUAAGUAGGGACCAGGGAACUAGGAGAGAAGAGGAAGCCAGACCUGGACAAGGAAAGACAGGAAAGACAGAGAUUCAGGCACACCCAGGCACCAUGGCCACCUUGCCAUCAGCAGCCAGCCCCUCCUGGCAGCCCCUGGGCCCUGAGGACGAAGACGCCAGCCUGGAUCAGUACGAUCUCUACAGCCUGGCCCAUCCCUACAUAGUGGGUGGAGGCCGUAAAGGUCGCACAAAGAGAGAAGCAGCAGCCAACACCAACCGCCCCAGCCCUGGCGGGCAUGAGAGGAAGCUGGUGACCAAGUUCCAGAACUCAGAGAGGAAAAAGGCCCGGCGCUGAGUUGGAGCUGGAGACAAGGUCAGACCAUGGACACUGAAUCUGCAACGGAACCAGGACCGUGAAGGAACUAGGACUGGGGGGCUUGGCCCCUACCCUACCCCCAAGACAACCCCCACCUGAGUGAGGCUUCAGGGGCCACCCAUGAAGCACCUGCAGGCCCAGCAAAAGGGCCAGAUAGGAGCAGAAGGCAGAGAAUGGACACAAAGUGAAGAAGGC